AUGUACGGUGCGCAGAACACCAAGUCUGGUGUGCGAAACGCGCUCGUUGCAAGGCACGUCAGCAAAAUCGCCAGCGAAGCUCGAUUGGAGCAGAAUGGCAGCAGCUUGUCGCUGAAUUGGUGUUGUAGUGAAGUUGUGACUCCCCAUGAGCACGACUACACACGCCGCCACUUGCUGCACCUCAACGCCCUCGCCAUGUCUCUGUCUGCCGAGUCGACGCGCCCCCUGCUUCUACCGCAAAACCGACGUUUGCGGCAUCUUCAGGGCAUUUACCUACGCAACUUGAGCUUUUUCCGCCCGACUGGGAAGACAGCUGAUGACCUACAUCUGGGAAAGGGAUCGCCGACUAAGCUUCAGGCCCUGAAGAGUAGCCAGCAGCUUCACCAUGCCGCCUCCUCCGACUCCCUGCGCGAUCGUCCUGCCCAGGUCCGACGACGAAGCACUAACCUUGCCAGUAAGAGUCCCAUGACUAGGCAGAAAGCCCUCGAGACAGCCAUUGAGGGAAGAGCUGCCGAUGUUUUCCUCAGCUUGCAUGUCGAUGGCGUCCAAGAUCCCGUCUAUGUGAGCGAGGUGGCCGAGCGGUCCACGAACUUCAAUUUUCGAUUCUUCGAUCUGGCUCAAGCCCACUCGGACAUCACCAGAUCAGCUCUCGUCACCAUAAAAGUAUGGGCAAAACGGCGCGGCCACUGGAUGUUUCUACUCGACCAGGCCGUUGACUUGCGUCUUUUGAAUUUUAUCGGCAGUCUACGCAACCAGCACUUCCCCCCCAAUUGUCUAGUAUUCCACCUCGUUGACGGAAUUUACUGCCUAGACCUUCCUGCAAGGGUGCCUGAACCGAAACAAGGGCCAGCACUGCCCACUUCGACUUACAAUGCGCUUAUGAAACUCUCAAAUCUGGACGCCUCUAUACAGGAUGCCCUCGCGACUCAAGACUCUCUCAAGGCUCAGAUCAACGAGAUCCUCGAGCGAACACCCCCUGAUCCGGUGCCCAUGGCGCAGGAGAAGGCGAAGCUGGCGAACAAGUAUCUGACGGCCGAGCAACGCGCCGUCAGGGCCGCCGAGGCCCGCAAGGAAGAACUGAAGGAGUCAAUUGCUGCUCGACGUGCUGCCAUGGCCAAGGGACGACAAGCACAAAAGAAAGCCGCUGAAGAGAUCGAAGAUGCCACGACAAAGCUACCGGCUGCUCGUGCUUCCGUUGACAAUACGAAAGACGGAAUUCGUGGUCAACGCCGCCGGAUCUGUGAGGAGCUGAGUCAGGUGUUCCCCAUCACAGCUGCUCCGUCGGGGACUCCAUUGGCUUUCCAGAUCUGUGGGCUCGACUUGCCCAACACCGACUAUGACCCGGCUAUGAAGACUGCAGAGGAAAACGCCAUUUCAGCAGCAUUAGGCUUUGUUGCUCAGUUGACCAACACCCUGCAGUUCUACCUGAGCGUGCCACUGCCGUAUCCACUUACACCAUAUGGCUCGAGAAGCAGCGUUCGAGAUGACAUAUCUCAGAUAGCUGACCGAGAGCGCUCCUUUCCGCUGUACCUUCGAGGCGGGGCGACGGCACAAUACCGAUUUGACUACGGAUGGUUCUUGCUCAACAAGGACAUUGAGAUGCUAUGCGCGAGUGCCGGUCUGAAAGUGGUCGACGUACGCCAUACACUUCCAAACCUCAAAUACCUUCUCUACGUCUGCAGUGCUGGCUCUGACGAGUUGCCGGAACGAAAACGUGGGGGUAUACGAGGUCUUUGGGCGGGCAAGAUGAAGGGCAAGGUCAACACGUCUUUGGAUGAUGGAGCUAGCAGUACUGCCGGAAGCCGCCGUGGGAGUGCGGAGAGCGAGGUGGCAACCAGGCAAAGGGAUGAGCUCAGAAGGAUCAUCAGUGCUGGGGCUGACGGCGCUGAAAACGGACAUGCCGGCGGUGACAAAACCGCUGCUGGAGGUUUACCAUUUGGCGAGGGCACCAAGUUCACGUUGAGGACCAAAGGCCUACGAGAGAACAUCGUUAACUAG